CUCUACACUUCCCCACUUUACACCUUCACCUCUCCGAUCUUCACACCGUUCCGGUUCACAUAAAAAAACCCCAACCACCUAAAAAAACCGAACCGGUUCAUUUCCUCGCUCUAAUGGAAGCUCAUGGCGGAGGUCUCCGCCGCAUCCUUGUUCUCGCCUUCUGCGUUGCCGGAAUCUGGUCGGCGUAUAUUUACCAAGGCAUUCUUCAGGAAACACUGUCAACGAAGCGAUUUGGUAAAGAUGCUGAGAGAUUUGAGCAUCUUGCGUUUUUGAACUUAGCGCAGAACGUGGUUUGUUUAAUCUGGUCAUAUAUAAUGAUAAAGAUAUGGGGUGGUGGAAAUACUGGUGGUGCUCCAUGGUGGUCUUAUUGGAGUGCUGGAAUUACUAAUACUAUUGGUCCUGCUAUGGGAAUUGAAGCUUUGAAGUAUAUUAGUUACCCUGCUCAGGUGCUGGCAAAGUCCUCAAAAAUGAUUCCAGUUAUGCUGAUGGGUUCACUUGUAUAUGGUAUAAGAUACACCAUUCCAGAAUACCUUUGUACCUUCCUUGUUGCUGGAGGUGUUUCGUCAUUUGCACUUCUAAAGACUAGCUCAAAGACUAUCAGCAAGCUGGCACAUCCAAAUGCUCCCCUUGGAUAUGGGCUAUGUUUCUUGAACCUUGCUUUUGAUGGAUUUACUAACGCAACCCAGGAUUCCCUAAAAGCAAGGUACCCAAAAACAAGUGCUUGGGGUAUUAUGUUGGGCAUGAAUUUAUGGGGAACCAUAUACAAUAUGAUUUACAUGUUUGCAUGGCCAAGUGGUAGUGGAUAUGAGGCAGUUAACUUUUGCAAACAGCAUCCAGAAGCAGCAUGGGAUAUUUUACUGUAUUGCUGCUGUGGUGCCGUGGGACAGAACUUUAUCUUCUUGACCAUAAGCCGGUUUGGCUCUUUAGCUAACACUACCAUCACGACCACUCGCAAAUUUGUAAGCAUCGUGGUAUCUUCACUAUUGAGUGGGAAUCCCCUUUCAACAAAGCAAUGGGGGUGUGUUACUAUGGUAUUCUCUGGAUUAUCAUACCAGAUCUACCUCAAGUGGCAGAAGUUGCAGAGACUGCAGAAGAAGAAAAAAGCCACCUGAAAAGCCCUGUAGCAAUUUUGAAGUCCAACAUCAAUUCUAUUUUAGCUAGUUUGCCCUUCAACCCUUGUUCUAUCACUUAAACCUUGAAGGUUCAAUGAACCAAAUUUAGGUUUAUAUACCAAGGAAUAUUAGUAAUUGUAAUUGGAUAGAUCCUUCUUGAGAAGUGAAAAGUGAAAUGGUUAAACCCCAAUAUCUUAUUCAUUGUGCUAAUUUUUAGUUGCAUGUGCUUUGUAAUAACAGCUAGUUGUAAUCUUAUAGCAUAAGCAUACUAAGACAAAGCUAUACUCUAUGUAAACAUGAUUUUCAGACUAUAUCAUCUUCUGUCGUUUAUUUA